GAACAUUAUGAAUGUUAAGAAUUUAUUAAUUGAAGAACCACAUCCACAAAGAAUUGAUUCUCCAGUAAUGGGAAGAGAACAGCUAGAUACGCGUCUACAAAAUUUAUUUAAAGAAUGGGAAGAAAACUACAGUGUUUCAGACAUUUAUAUUGAAGAAGCUAUGUCAUACAGGGAACGGGCAUUAAAUUGUUGGAAACUCUGUGCUUCUCUAGUUGAACGCGUUGAUGGUGAAACGCAGGUUUUGGAAAAAGAAUUGGAACGAUUUAUAGAUGAAUGGAAUCUUCCAUUUGACGUUUCUAACGCGAUAUUAUUAACACGCGGUGAUAUUGCUUUGUCGCAUGGACAAUUGAGAGAAGCGAACGCAUUCUAUCAUGAAAUAUGUUCUCGCAGUUCAGGUGCCUGGAACAAACAUCGUAAAAAGGAAAAAUAUCGUAAUUCACUAUCAUCUCUAUAUCCGAGUGCACAGUCAACACAGGAUGAUGAAUUAGACCCUACAUCUACAGAUGAAUUUUCGAUAAAAGAACAGAUACCUCUUCUUCUACUUUUUCGAGUGUGUUAUUCUAUUUCUAUUCUUUACCUUGCAAUUGACUGGUGGUCUCAAGCAUGUGUUGAGCUAUAUAUGAUUUUGGUUUCGAUACCAUUUACCCCAAUCACACAAGAACAUUUUGAAAAAGAUGAUUGGCUUGUGAAUAGAAAAAAAAUGGUGAGCACCACGUGCAGUGAGGUAUGUAAACGUGAAGGUUUUAAAUGGAUAGAAACUACACAAGAAUAUUUGAUGAAAGAACUUAAUGCAAAAAAAUAUCACUCACUGGACCAAACAUUGGGUAACAUAAUUGUUUUAUCCCAAUGUGGUUGGCCAUAUUGGCGCGAUCGGAUGUUUCGGCCAAUAGUUCUACCAUUAAUUAAAAAAUGUGGGGGAUUAAUUUAUCCAGAUCUUUUGAGAUUUGUAAACAAUGUUGAUAUUCUUAGUGAACUCUUGGCAUUGUAUCAUGAAUUGCCGAAUCUCAAUUUUUCUUUUUGCCCAAUAUCAAAGGAUGACCAACCUGCUCCAACAAAUAUAUCAAUACAGGCUUUAGAAAGCUGUAUUAAUCGUCCUUCAUGUAAUGAAACUUUGGUUGCGUUUUGCCGGGAAAGAUUAAACGACAAACCAUUAAAUGUUAUG